CAUUAAUUUUGUUGUCCAACUCAAUAUCUCCAGUGUUUACAGGAAUUUUGGUGGCCAUAGUGAGAAUAUUUUUCUAUAAAAAAUAAUAUAAGAAUUAAUAACUGUUUCUUUAAAUAUUACAAUAAUUAGUUUUAUUCUUUUGCUAAUACUUUAAUCAUAUUUUAACUUCAUUAACAAAUACCUGUAAGGGAAAGUAAAUGAUUUUAGUAAAGAAAAAUUAUCACAUCACCGUAAUGAAUAUUAAUAUUAUUCUAGUUACCGUAGUUUAAUUUGAGUUUCUUUGUAUUAAAUAAUUAUAAUACAAAAAUUAUUAUAAAAUUUCAAUAUUACAAACACCACGGGCGGUAAUAGAAAUAUGAAAUGAUCAGUAGCGGUCAGUCAUGAUCAGUAGUGAUUAUUACGAGCAUCAACGUGUUACUUCCUGCUGAGAAUGCGAAGUUGAAAUAAAAAGAGAUAUGAUACCUAUAGAAAGAUAAUCUCAAUGGCAGUUAGAAAAGAUAAAUUAAAUAGAUGUUCGCUAACCUAUCACUGCUACACCGUGCCGGUGACGCAGGUUGGUUGAUUCUUUCGGUAGCAGUUGACAGGAAUACUCGAUUUUUGUAAAUGUCAUAUGGAAAUUUUCAACUGUAUUCAGAAGUUAAAUAUAUGAUAUGAAUUGUUUGCACUCCGCAGAAGUACACUUUUGCGGCAAGGGCAAUUGUUGUGACGGGAAAAAGAAUGAAUGAAUUUUAUGGAUUAUAUACUUAAUUAUUAUCUCAAGAGCCCAAAAAUGUACAAGACUGUUCAAAGGUUACUUCGGCAUAAGUAUAAGGCCUAUCGUAUAACAGAAUUAAAUGUAUUUAAAUUUUUUAUCAGUAUGCUGUGAACUAUAGAAGCAUAAGACAAUAUUCUUAUAAAAUGGAUAUUGGAAUUGUUAAAAUUGCUGAGGAUAAAGAUUUUGAGAAAUUGAAACGACUAUACGAUGAUAAUAAUGACUGGAGAUUAGAUUACAAUAAGCCUGAUCUGUCCGUUUGGACAAAAUCUGUACCAGGAAUUAGUUUUAGAAUGGUGAAAAUUAGAACUCGUUUCUCUGAUGUUUUACCAGAAACAUUAUACGAUGUAUUGCAUGACCCUGAAUACAGAAAGGUUUGGGAUACCCAUAUGAUUGAAUCAAAAGACAUAGGCUUUUUUAAUCCGAAUAAUGAUAUUGGUUAUUAUUCCAUGGCUUGUCCAUCUCCAUUGAAAAACAGGGAUUUUGUUCUACAAAGAUCCUGGCUUGAUACUGGUAUAGAACAAUUAAUUCUAAAUCAUUCUGUUUUCCAUAAGGAUUAUCCACCAAGAAAACAAUUUGUAAGGGCAACAUCUUAUCUUACAGGAUACAUUGUAAGACCAUCGCGAAAUGGUGAUGGUUCUGAAUUGGGAUAUGUGUCUCAUACCGAUCCACAUGGAAAACUACCAGUUUGGUUAGUUAAUAAAGUCACACAAAUAUUUGCGCCUAAGAUGGUUAAAAAGUUACAUAAGGCCUCUGUAGCUUACCCUGAUUGGAAAUUAUUAAAUAAUCCAAACUAUAAGCCAUGGCAUUUUCCUGAACAGAUAUCUGCGCCAAGAAUAAGAAUUGAAGAGUGUGUGAAGUCCACUGAAGAAAGAAAUUCGAAGAAUCAUUAUGUCGAUGAAUCAGAAUUAAAGGAGACUACUAUAAUGGAUAGCGAUUAAGUUUUUUUCUGCAAAAAGGUGCACUCUCAUGUGGUUAGAAUUUGAAAAGGUCUAACUAUAUAGUAUAGUAAAAUUAAAAUUCAAACAAUUCGAUUUGUAUGCGUACAUACCCGUGUGCAUGCAUACAUACGACUGCUUAAAUUUCAUUAAUUAUUCUAAUAAUAAGGGUAUCAGGUUUAUUGCAAUAGCAAAGCUUAUGGCAAUGGAUGACAAUGUAAGUAACAUUGUGGCUUGCAUUGCAUGUAUACUAGUCAUAGGUUGUUAUCAAAUUGAAAAAAUUGUAUGUGUUGUUUAGAACGCAUAUAAUUUAUUGUAUGUGCUAUGAUGUGGAAUAUAUAUAACGCACAAUAUGUAGAUCGAUUGAUAACGAUGAAUUUUUGUUUAAGUGGAUUUAUUUAAGUAUAAGCAUUAUGUAAAUGUUAGGAUUGAACAUAAUUACUGAAGGUACAAAACUUAAGUGUUAUUCAGAUUGAGUAUUUGUUGAACCUAUUGUAUUAUAUCAUGCUGCAUAGACACUUAUCGUAAUAUUGCAGUAUUAAAAAAUGUGAUUUUUGUACUAUCAAGGAAAUUCAAAUGAAUACAAAAAUAGUAGUCAAAUACGGAUAGCAUUUUUGUUAGAACUUUUUAAGCAUAUUAGUUCAUGAUAAUGUUAUUCAUUAGGCUUAAAAAUAUUAAAAUCUGAAUGCACGAAUAAUGAUCUAUUUUAAUUUGAACAAAUAGCUUUAUACUAACAAUGAUAAAUUCUUGUUCUAAUAAAUAUUACAAAUUUUAUUCACUUCAUUACAAUAUAUCAUCUACUUUACUCGGACAAUAGUUACAAGUAAAAAGAUCGAUCAACUGAAAUGAAUUUAAUUUUACAAUAGUAGUUCCUGUACUUAAAGUUUUUUACAUUUUUUAGAAGAAGAAAUGAGGAAAACGUAUUCUGCCUACAUUUAAUACAGUUACAUAUCCUAUUUAUACAAGUUUAACUGAUAUCUUUUACUAUUUUAUUAUAAAAUACAAAUUUAUACUUUUCUGCAAUUAAUACAAUUUUCUUAAAUACUUAUGUGAUAUAUACAUAUAGGUUUAUAUACGUAUAUAAUUUAUUGUAUAAUGUUCGAAAUAUUUAUUACGUAUAUUUUACUUGAUUGCAAAUUAAAGUUUAUAUAAAUUGUGAGUGAUAAAUGUUUAAAGAAAGUGCAACUACAGUGUUGUCUAAUUAUAAAUAUUUUUUAAAAUAGUUCAAUCUAGAGAAUUUUGGAAGUGAAACUGAAUAAGUAUAUUACUGCACUAUUUAAAAUGAUUCCGUGCACUUUGUCUUAACGAUCAAUCUUUUAUAUAUACAAUUAGUUAGAUAAUUUAUGCAGAUCUGUAAUUGUGUUAGUAUGCAAUGUUCUUUACAUAUAGAUAACAUAUAUCCAAAACUAAUAUUCUUCUACUAUGCUUCCAAAAAUUAAGUUUUUAUUAUCUAUAUUACAGUGUCAAUUGAAAGACAAAUAAAUAGUUGCAUUUGUAAUUAGAAAAAUCAAAAUUAUGUAUAUUGCUAAUAACAUGAUAACAAAUUUUAGAAUUUAUAAGAUUUAUUAAAAUUAUUUACCUUGUAUUUAUGAUCAUAUGUAUUGUAUCCUACGUUUAUUUACUUUGUUUCUUGCUCGAAAAUUUAAAUUGAUGUUUUAUAUAAAUUUAUCUGUAAUUGCAGUUAUGUAGAAACUUUUUAAAUUGUGUUUCUAUAAUAUACACACGACUAACAAUAUUCAAGACAAAAUAAGUCUUUAAUAAUGAUAAUCUUUUAUUUAAUGUAUUUCAUACAUUUUUUUUUAAAUGUUUACAGUAUUUAUCAGUGACUGUAAACUUAUUUUUAAUUUAAUUUUCAAGUUACUUAAAGUAAGUAUAUGUGUUUAGAUGUUUAUUUUUAUUUGACAAUAAAUUGUAUGAAAUACAUCAAACUAACUAUACAUUGUACUUACUUACUAACUGUUCAAAAAUCAUUUAUAAAAUAUUCUUACUCGCAAAAUUGUAAUUAUGGGCUUAGAUAAUAUUUCUUUUAUUACAGUACAUUUUCUAAAAUUGUAUGAUUGUAUUAUUAUACACGAUUUUUUUAUCAUUAAUGAAAAUAAUUGCAGUACAAGUUUUGGAAAUACCUUCGUAUUGAUGCUGACCGUUUUUGCAGUGCAUCGUAUCUUAUCAGACAUUGUGAUAGUAUAUAAUAAUGUUGCACUGCAAAUAGAAUAAAGUAAUUUUGUUCAUAAGAUAUUGUAUAAAAAUAAUAUAAAUUGUUAACAUUUUUGUCAAUUAAUUGUUUCAUAUCCCUUCAUUAAUUAAUUUUCUAUUUCGCUGUACAGUGUACGCGAUUCCUUAAUAUUGAAACAUAGAAAUAGAAUUAAAUAUAAUUUUAAAGUCAGUCAAUCUUUAUAAAAUUAUUUGAGUAGAAAA